AUGGCCGAUGAUGGAGUUAAUCCGAAGGCCUAUCCACUCGCAGAUACUGGACUUUCGCAGAAGCUCAUGGAUCUCGUUCAACAGGCCAUGAACUACAAGCAGUUGAAGAAAGGAGCGAACGAAGCAACAAAAACACUCAAUCGAGGCAUAGCAGAGGUAGAAUAGUUAUGAAUCGGUUAAUUUGGAAUUGGAAAGUUUAUUAAGCCUUGAGAAAGUUUUUAGUUGAUAUGGUACAGUUAAUACAAGGACCGGUCCGGUUUGCACUGCGCCGUGGCCGCUGGCUAUACUAGACCAUUUUCGAUCAAGUUUUCUAUUAAAUAAAAUAAAAAAGGCUAUUUCCAACAUUAAUAGAUAAAAAGUUACAGAAAAAAAAACUUUUUACUUAUUAUAGACGCUUUUGCCAAAUCAGUACAUUUUUAAGGCUUGCUGGCAUUUGCAAAAACUUCAUUGAUGACACUUAAUCUGGAUCAUCAAAUGUUCUAAUUGUGUUUUUUUUUCAAAUUCGUUCAUUUUGCGUACAUAAACUCGUUAUUAACGAAGAUAUCGCCCAAAACCGCGAUUGGUGUAUGCACAUUUUAAACCUACAGUGUGCCAAACCGGACGGGCUGAAAAGAUGUGAUGAGAGAACUCAAAAGUUUGAUUUUCAGGUCAUUGUUAUGGCUGCCGAUGCGGAACCUCUAGAAAUCCUGCUGCAUCUCCCUCUUCUCUGUGAAGAUAAAAAUGUUCCCUACGUGUUCGUUAGAGUAUGUUUUUUUUCUUCACUUUUUUUUCUGUUCUGUCUAAUCACAUAAAACUUUUAGAGUAAAGCUGCUCUUGGACGUGCAUGCGGUGUCACCCGACCAGUGAUUGCUGCCUCUAUCACUCAGAAUGAAGGAUCUCAGCUGAAGUCGCAGAUUCAAAAAAUCAAAGAAGAUGUCGAGAAGCUUCUCAUUUGAUUUACCCGAAUCUUAAUUGUUGUUGAUGUACUUUUGUUAUUUUGUGUUGUUAUCUUUUUUUUUUCUUACUACGGAAUAAAAUUUGUUACUGAAUUGUCAUAGCAUCUCAAAAAUGGAAUUCGAAUACCUCCUCUAAAGUAUCUGAAGUUAUGUCUUCACGCCUGCUCGAGGCGGCCGAUCGUAUUACGGUAUUUUGAAAAGAUUUUCGGCUUUAAAAUGGACAGUUUUGUACUUAUUGAGACUUUAGUUAUCUUGUUAGACCGAGAGUUGGUUCUCAGGGUGUUUCCAGAGCUACGACCCGCCCGUCAGAUAUGAUGUUUUUGUGCAUGGCCCCCCGACGAAAAUUAACAUGCUUCCGAAGUUUUUCGAAGAACAAAAUUUCAUAGAACAUGUAUCAGGUUACCGACUUCCGUUAAUAUAUGAAAAACAUUCACAGUACUUUGAAAAAUGCAUAGAAAAAAAUAAGCAAAAAGGCAAAAAUAUUGUAAAAAAAAUUGUCAAUUGUUUUGAAGUUUUAAAUUGCAAGAAGUUGCUGAAUUUAAAAAAAAAAAGAAAAAUUCAAAAAUUACUUAAAAAACGGAAUUAAUGAUAAAAAAAUUUUUUUAGUCACUUUUUAUUCCCGUCUAAAAUGUGAUUUUUUUUUUCCACGCAGACUACUGAUAAGAUUCGAAUAUUGUUUCUCUGUUUUAUUUCCUCCGCCACUAUCAGGUUGAAGGAAAAGGUAGUGAAAAAGGCGGACUCGAUUGUUGAAAUUGUGACGUAGCUGAUAACAAUUUCAUACAGGUGCAGUGUUAGAUUGAUUUUUGACUUCUUUUUUCUAAAAAAGUCAUUUUUUUCUGGUAGUGCCAUUUUGCGUUUCAGGCAGAUGGGAGCUUGGACUAAAAGCGGAGUCGUUUUUUUAUUUGUAGUCCUUGCUUAUAACUACGUUUGCGAUCAGCUCUACACGAAACAUGAAAUCCAUAUCAGCGGUCACGUAGAGUCUAUGUUUCAAAACGUGCGAACAGCCUUUCUGUAAGUUGUCACCAUUUUUUUUUCGAAACUGAAUUAAUUGUUUGAAGAAAUAACUUCGACGACGGAUGGGAAGGCGAAGGCGCCGCUUUUGCUGUUUUCAUAGACGGCAGAAAAGUGGUAGAUUUGUGGGGAGGAUAUGCCGACAAACAGGCCGCCCGAAAGUGGUCGGAAGUAAGGAUCAAGGGCUGAUGGCUCUCUUAAUAUUCUGAAUUGACAGGAUACUUAGAUUUUCAGAACACGAUUACUGUAACAUUUUCCACAACCAAAGCCGUUGCCGCCCUUUCCAUUGCAGUUCUCGUUGAGCGGGGCCGUUUACGGUAAAUAUUUUUGUUUUGAUUCUAGGAAGUCUGAAUUCUCCUUUUAUUUUAUAUAUUUUCACACGAUAAGGUUAGGUUGAUUAACCGAAAAAUCCUGGACUAUUUGAUAAAUUUUUUUCAUUUUCUCCUUCGCGUAUUUAAUGUAACGUAUAGUCCUUGAAAAAUAAAUAUUAAGAUAAUUCAAGGAUUUUCAUUUUGACCUUUUCGUUUGUGCCCUUGAUGUUGAUUGUGUUUUUGGUGUAGAAUUUUCACACGCAACUCCGCAGAAAACUGUGACUUCAGUGAAAGAUUGGUUUGAAAAAAAAUUUGAACAAAUAGUGAUAUUUUGGCAAUUACUUUCUUUUACAGGUAUGAAGAUCCGGUUGCAAAAUAUUGGCCAGGUUUUGGAAGCCACGGACGCGAAAACGUAACAGUUCAAAUGGCUUUGUCUCACAUGGUCAGUUAAACAUUUUUUUUUUCUUUUUUUUCUCAGUUUUCCUCUUCCUAGAAUAGCAGUUCAAGAAAGUUUGACGAUUAGUUCACAUAACCUUGUCCUUUAGUUUUUAUUCUCGCAAUUAAGUCUGGUAUGGCAUAUCUUGACACGCCUAUAACCGAAGAGAUCGCCGCAGAUCACGAGAAAAUACGCAAAAUUUUCGAAGAGGAGCCGCCGAAGUGGAUUCCGGGAACGAAAACUGGGUGAGAUUUUCAAUUUUCUUCAGUGUCAUUUUCUAAACUUACAGGUAUCAUGCCUACACGUACGGCUGGAUUGUGGACCAGUUGGUCCGACAUGCAGACGAGAAAAAACGGGGAAUAGGUCAAUUCUUCAGAGAAGAAAUAGCCAAAAAACACGGUUUUGUUGAGAAAAAAUCACUCUGUCAAAUAAUUCUUUUCAGAUAUCGAUUUUCACAUUGGAUUGCCACGGUCCGAGCAGUUUCGCGUCGCACGAAUCUCGACCCCUUCAACUUCGCAGCGACUCAGCGAAAUGUGGAACGAUUUCCGCGUCACGCGCUAUCUCGCCAAUGUAUUCAAACUCAUAACUGUUCGUCACACGGAAAUGAAGAGACGAAUAAAGAGGGCCUCUUCCAGGACACGCCGCUAUCUCGCAGCGUUAACAAUCCCUCGUGGCUGCAGGCCGUUCAGAAAUGUACCGUCAACAACCCGGAUUACCACAGGUUUGUCUUAUCAGUUGCACUCGGUGCGUGCGACGUGGUUUUCUUUUCUUAAGAAGGAAGAAUUUACCGAGAUGACCAAAGAUGGGAAGUCUCAUAUGUCGGAUCAACCUAGAAAAUCUUUAGAAAUUUAAUGAACGCACAAAAUCUUAUAAAUUGGAAAGGGAAGAUAAAAAAGAGCAAGCCGUUCGCUUAUCAGGGAAAAGUUCGAACGAUAGAUCAUGCGAGCGCAUUGAGAAAAAAUUAAAAUGUUCCUCUUUUUUUCAGUUUUUGAAUGAAUCAAUUGGAAUAUUUUUCAUUAAGAAUGGAACAAGCCGGAGCCCUUGGAAUUGGAAACGCGCGAUCAUUGGCGACGCUUUUCGAUCUAUUCCAGAGAGGGAAAAUUGUUGGCCCGAACGUCGUGGAAAAACUCGCGCAGUUUUACACUAAUGAGACGGACUUCAUUUUCGAAGAUACCGUCGCUAAAGGCCACGGAUUCCUUUAUUUGCCAAUAGAUCGAGCUGGGGUCAGUUUUUUUUUUUGCCAAGUUCGUCUUCAUCAAGUCGGGAUAUGUUAAUCUUGUUGAAAAUGUCGGAGAAAACCUGAAAACCCGAGUUUUUUUUAGGCCAAUUAUGGUUUCGGUCACACAGGCCACGGCUGUCAACAGGUCAUCACCGACCUCAGUAAUCGCGUCACUAUUGCCUACGUCACCAAUGGCCUAAAAACUGGACUCUACGAUCUUUGCCGAACUUACAGGCGACUACAAUCCGCUGUUUACGAUGUUUUAGAAAAUGCCACACUAAUCGACUAAUAAUUCGACUAACUUUGGCUUUUAUACGUUCUUGAUGAUGAUACCGGUGCAUUUACAGAAUGUAAAUAACGAAAUGUUAUUCAAAAUAUAAUAAAUAGUUUUAUCCUAUCAGUGCGAAAGGAAUGAAAUGUUUUUGUUGAAUCUUUAAAGAGGUUUUUGCAUCGUAUUGGAGGCAGAUGUUCUGGCGCAAGGCCAAAGAGUGGUUCCUAUGGCAACUGACGAGGUUAUUCUGGUCUGCUCCGGGUAAAUUGGGCAUAUUUUUGUAUCUGUACCGUUCAGAUCAAAUCAAAAAUGAGUGUAUUUGGGAGAAUACUUACUGUUUCGGAUGCUAUUGGACGUCUUCCUCAAUUGGAGGCCCAGGUUAUUAUUAUUUUUUUUUUGGAUCUAUUUUUAUUUAUUUGUAAAAAUCUAGCUUUUGUCUCUUUUUUUGUCAAGAAUUUUUUCAAAAAUUCUCAAGAUGGAAUAGCCGGUUAAUGCUGAUUGAAUUAAUUUUUCUAAAGGAUUUCAAUGAAAUUAGGUUUUGAAACUCGAGAAAGAAGAACCUCUGUCGAGAAAGCAGGCGAACCUGCGUGGGAGUUUUAUCAGGAGAUGUCACGAUCUUCAGAAACAGGUGAGAUCCGACUUUCUCUGUGAAAUCUUGCCUCAUAUAAGAAAGUGUUUCGGAGAGUAGUUUUAUCAGAUCGAAGAACAUCGGAAAAAGGUGGAGGGGAUCAGGACCAACGACGACUCCAGCAUCUACAAGAAGCGAUCGAUUCUGGAAAAAAUCGAAGGAUUGCAGGUAUUAUUUUUCAUGUUUUACAUAUUUCUAAAGUCCACUUCCUGGUUGAAUUGUUGUAUUCAUAACUCUUUUCACCAUUCUCAAAAAAAAAAAAAAGUGAAAAUAUCUUGAAAGAUGUCAAACUCUCUCGACUUCUUCUUUCGAAUUUUCUUUCCAAAUUAGGGGCAGUUAUUUAGCCAAUUUAGAAUGGUUUUUUUUUAAAGGAACGACUAAUCGAAAUCGCGCCUGAGCGAGAUCGACCUUCCACUUCCGCGGUGGCCGAACCACUCGUUUAUCAGUCCAAGUUUUUUUUUGACAUAAGUUUUUAUUUAAAAAAAAUUAAGCUUUAUUCAAAGCUCUUCUGGCUCUCUAUUUGUAACUUUGAAUAAUAAGCAUUGCUAACCAGUUUCAGUCCUGAAACCACGAAAGAAGAUUCGGCUAAAGACAAUAUUUCGAUUCAACGUCGGCCAAGCAUAAUGUACGAAGGCGAUUCGGAGUCUUCCGAUGAGGUUGCCAGUUUUCUCGAUAAAUUGAAGAUUUGAUUAAGGAACCAUCCAAAAUGAACCAGAUCGCAGAAGAAGAAGAGGAAGAGGUAAAAGAAGAAACGAGCAAACCAGAAACACCGAUAGAAUCCCCUGAAGUGGUCCCCAAGCAGCGGAGCAUUUUCUCAGUUGGAGAGACUUCUCUGGUAUCUUUUGGACGCCCUUCCUACUUUCUUUUUCUUUAGAAGCCAGAUCCGGACCGAAAAAUCGAGAAUGAAGUAACCGGCAAUGACUUCGUGGCUAUCGCCGACUUCACUCCUGAGUCUGCUGACGUCACCACUGACCUCCCGAUUCGUCAAGGCGAGAACUUGACGAUUUUAGAAACAAGGUAUAGAUUGGAAACAGAUAAAAGCCCAAGAAAGCUAUUUUUCCUCAGACCGGAUGGAUGGUGGACAGCUAGAAACGCUGCUGGAGAGACUGGUCUUGUCCCGAAAACUUUCCUUCGUCACUUGAGGCGCGACAUCUUCGGCGGUCCUACAAACGUUCCUUUGAAAAACUUUUCCUUGGAACUUUUUUUCCCAUCCAGAUAGACAACAGUUUCGUCGAUCAAUCGGAGGCACAAACGUCCCAACAGAGAACUCACGACAACUAUUCGGGAAUACAAACAUCCGAAAUACCGAGUCUACCGGCUACUGUAGGCUAUGCACAUCGAGGAAAAGAAAAGACAGAAAAUUUCAGCGGAAUCGGCCUGCUCAGACGAAAGUCAAAUGUCUUGGUGACGCUUUACGAUGCGACCCACAUCUGACUUACGCCUGUCACUUGGCACCCCGGCUCAGUCACUCGAACCUUGGCUUCCACGAUCUCUACUGGAACCACUCUACUGAUUUACUGCGUAAACGAAACGUUCGCGUGUCGCGGCUGCUGAGAAUCGUGCGACUGGAAGGGAUGCCUCAGGAAGGGGCCGUCGCCUGUUUGGUCCGAGUCGCGCUGCUCGACGAGAGCCGAACUCGCGGUCGUCAAAUCGUCAGCAACGUCCACACCGUCAAGGCUAUCCCCAAAGGCGCGACGUGGCAGUUUAUCUCAAGAGUUAGCAAUUUUUGCAUUUAUUUCGUUCAUAGUAUUUCUCGGGUGGAACAUAUUGAACACCCAGUGAAGAUCAAGAAGAAACGUUUUUUUUCUCAAAAGCAAAUUGGGCUCACAUUCGACUUUUCUUGGCAAACAUUCAACAAUUUUCAAACAAAUGCAUGAAGAAAAAAAUUUGCAAAAAAAAAGUUAAGGAAAAACCUACUUUUUUCUCAAAAAGAAACUUUGCUUUCUAGACCGACAACACAGGAACGAGCGUAGAGUUCAGCGAUUUUUUCCUGAGAUCAAAUUACGUGCAGAAUCAAGUGGUUUUGUUGAUGGAAGCGAGCCAAGUUUUCCGAAAUGACGUAUUUUGAAUUCUGUUUUCAUCACAUGACGAAGAUUUUCAGGACAGGGUUGAAGAAAAGAGUCUGGGCGUUCUUCGAAUACCCUUGAUCAACGAGAAAUCCGAGCCGAGAAUCGUCAACAAGUUAGCGUUGAUUUAUUUUUCAAAAAAAGGAAUAUGUGCAGAUCGUACGUGGAAUUUCUUUCAACUGAGAAUAUCUUUGACCCGAACCGAGGGAAAGGCUCUCUAACUACCAGACAAAUUGUCUUCAAAGUCAUGGAAGUUCCCAAGGAAAAAGUUCAUUCAGUAGAGUAAGCUUUAGUCGUCAUAUUGAAGUUAGUUUCUGAUUUCUAGCACGAUGCCUGAUGUCUUCAUAUUCAAUUCUAUGUUUUUGCGGCUUUUUUAUUUCUACCGCCGUCGAGCUGGAACAAUGCUCAUUCGAGAUCGGAAAAAUCUCCUCAGCUCUGGUACAACAACUCAAAAAAUGACUUUCUCGAAACAAUCAUGCAGAAAUGGUGUCGGAUCCACUUUUGGCAGUUUUUCCCGCCGUUUGCGACGAGCCGGACGUCCUCGACGUCCUACGCGAGCUAUGGCAGUCCAAGUACAAGCAGUUCAAGAAUGUAAGCUACGACUCCGGUUUUAUUGAAAGUCUAUGAUUUAACUUUAGAAAUCAGAAGUUGAACAGGCGAAAGAGUUCUUCCAAGUUUUUCUUCACACAGCGUUCUGUAUCCACGGAACUGCUUGUAUGCCUUCCUAUGACGUCACGGACGAGCUUAGCCUUGCAGGCCGACGAAAGGUUGGCUAACUUUUUUGUCGAGGGAAAAAACCUUUCUAGGUUCUUUCAAACUGUGUCAAAAUGUACAAACAACAGCAAACUCCGGAAUUCUUGCUCACUCAGAAGGCGAGGCCCAUCAACAUUUACGACUACUCUCUAGACUUGCUCGCCUCACACGCAAUAGAUUGA